AUGCAUAUAGCUUUUCUGGACUAUACAGAUAUUAUUGAAGAUGCUACAAUAGAAUCAGAUCACAAUAUUAUUCUACCUGAAUUUUCUAUUUUAUUAACAAUCUCUUCUUCAUACAAACAACCUCUUAGGAAAGUCCCUCUUUGGAAACAAGUAUCAUCUGAACAAAUCCAAAAAUACCAAACACAUAUAGAUCAAAACUUAACUAAAAUUUACUUACAUAUUCCACAAAUUCAAAACCAA